AUGAUUGACGUGAUUGACCACGACAACUUCGGCUAUGACACUCAGGCAGGGGACGCCAUGCGAGGGGCAUUUGACUGGGAAAUGUACUACAAACGGAUACCCAUCCCUCCGGAGAUGCAGGGGGAUGACCCCAGUGAACCCUUUGAGUCACCGGUGAUGGCAGGUGGACUGUUUGCUGUGGACAGGAAGUGGUUCUGGGAGCUGGGAGGAUAUGACACUGGUCUGGAGAUUUGGGGAGGAGAACAAUAUGAGAUCUCAUUCAAGGUGUGGAUGUGUGGUGGUCGGAUGGAGGACAUCCCUUGCUCCAGGGUAGGACACAUCUAUAGGAAGUAUGUCCCCUACAAGGUCCCUGGUGGGAUUAGCUUGGCAAAGAACCUAAAACGUGUGGCAGAGGUGUGGAUGGACGAAUACGCCGAAUACGUGUACCAGCGUCGGCCUGAGUACCGCCACCUGUCAGCAGGAGACAUGACAGCCCAGAAGGAGCUGAGAAACCGCCUCAACUGCAAGAGCUUCAAAUGGUUCAUGAGCGAGGUGGCCUGGGAUCUACCCAAACACUACCCACCAGUGGAGCCUCCUGCUGCAGCGUGGGGAGAGAUACGCAACAUGGGUAGCGGGAUGUGUAUGGAGAUCAAACACUUUGUGUCAGGGAGCCCCAUCCGCCUGGAGAGCUGUGUGAAAGGCCGGGGGGAGGUGGCCUGGAGUCAUGGCCAGGUGUUGACAUUUGGUUGGAGAGAGGAUAUUCGGGUGGGUGACCCCAUGCACACAAGGAAGGUCUGCUUUGAUGCUGUCUCCCACAAUAGCCUGGUCACCCUGUAUGACUGUCACGGCAUGAAGGGGAACCAGCUGUGGCGCUACAGAAAGGAUAAGAGUCUGUAUCACCCCGUCAGUAACAGCUGUAUCGACAGCAGCCCGAGUGAGCGGCGAGUCUUCAUGAACAUGUGCGACCCCUCCUCUCUUAGCCAGCAGUGGCUGUUUGAGAGAACCAAUGCCACUGUGCUGGACCACUUCAACCAUGGCUCCAAUUGA